GUUCGCCCCCAGGAAUGUGAGAGCUGGUUUAUAUGUGAAGCACAGAGAAGCCUUUCAAACAGAACUCAUGGAUAACACACACUGAGGAGUUUAGUGUGAAUCCUACAGGUCCCCAUUCAUCCAGACACACAGAAGAGCCAGCUCACCCUCUCCUGCUGCAGUCAGAGAGAAAUCUGCUUUUCUAACCCUAGAAUAAUGUAAGAUGACAUCCUUAGUUUAUCUGUUGCUACUGUAUUAUUAUUAUUUUUUUUGCAUUGCUACUUUGUUGGUUUGGAUUAACAGCAAAUUGUGGUACUUCCAUUCUGUGCAAUUCUAACUGUGCUACAAUACUGAUACAGCAAGUGUUAUUGGAGAUAUUAACUGACACUUCAUCAAAAUGAUGUUAACUCUGUAUUGCAUGAGAUUGACAUGAGCUGAUUUUGUUACUGUGAUGUGAUGCUUAAUUAUUUAUGAUUUUAUAAAGUAUUAGUAAUAGUGUUAUAUUUCUAGGUUAGGUUAGGUUUAGUUUUCUUUUUUAUUAUUUGAGUUAUAUUUUUUUUGGUGAUUCCAAGUGUUGAUUCUUCUUGGUAAAAAUUCUUGCAUUUGGAAAUAGAAUUCUGCCUGUUUGGUCUGCUGAAGCUAAUUGCCUGUUGAUUUAUGGCAUGCCAGUAUUUUAACAUUCACUGUACUAUAGAGGAUAAGACAGUUCAGUCAGCAGUUCCACAACUAGGCACAACUACUUGUUUUGGAAAAAGUUAUCCCAUGUUCUGUCUGUUCCAUUCAGCAAUUGUUUUUUAAAACAUAUAUUCUAAUGAUAAAUAUUACAGUCGUUUUACUGUCAGCAUAUACAUUUUCUGUUUGCAUAUGGUGAAGUCAUUUUCUUUUCUAUAUAUUUUGGUUUCAAGUGAUCCUUUACUUAUUAUUUGGUUGAGUGGGAACUUGAAUAUAACUUGUCUUGUAUAGUUGCAAUAUAUUCUCAUUAUACUAAAAAAUAAUACUAGGAAAAAAAUAUUUUCUUAAAUGAUCCCCUUUUUUGCUCACACAUAGAAGUUAUUCUAUAAUUUUCAGUUUUUUAUUUCUUUAUUAUUGUUUUUUUUUAACUAGUGCAGAUUUGUAGACAAAUAUUGCCAUAUAAUUGAGUUUUAUUUAUAAAAAUUUUGAUUUGUGGAAAACUGGCAAAGGCAUUGCAAAUUUAAAAAAAAAAAAUCUUUAUUUUUCUAGUUCUGCUAUAUUGAUCUAAAAUUUGUCAUCCUCUUGUCAGUGCUUCACAGUUUAGCGAAUAAUUCCCUUAGAUUAUUCAGUAUAAUUUGUGACUUGCUGCUGACACAAAGAAAUUGCUUUCUUAUGGUUACAAGCUGUUAAAAUGCCUUGGCACGUGUAAUGUCUGAGUGUUUAAUUAGUAGAGCAAGUUUUAGUGUGUUAGACAGCUGGUUUUCAUGAUAAGUGUGUUAAUCUAUCCAAAUAUGUGUUUUUCAGAGUUCUCCACGUUUUUACUGUAUAGAAAUAAUGAAGGGACUUUUUCUAUUGUUGAUGUUGGCUGUUUGUCAGACAUACCAAGCAGCAGGUAAGCUGAAAAAAUAACUGUUCCUUUGUCAUUGUUGCUUAUUUAACCUUUGUAUGGAAUGGCAUAGAUUACCUGCCAGCCUAGUGACUUCAUGAAUUUUCAGUGAUCCAAAAGAUAAACGAGAUGUGGCAUCUCUCUUAUAGAGGUAUCCAAUACCAGUCAACAAAGGACCGUAAAAAAAUAAAAAUAAAAUAAUAAUACAAACAGUAAUUUUGGGGAUAGCGUCUCUAAUAGUGGUGCAAUCUGUUUGCACCAGUCCACUGGUUUCUAUAGCGAUAGCUACUGUUUUGGAACUUUGCCCCAGAACUACUCUACGGAAUGUUAGGAUUCCCAAAAGUCAAUUGGUAUUUUUAGUGAAUGUACGGGAUGGGAUGGUAUUUAUCCCACAAUCAAGUGUAAUUUCUAACAUGCCUGUGUUAAACGUGUUUAUUUAAAAAAAAAAAAAAAAAUGUAUAGAACAGUAAAAUAUAUACAUUAAAAUAUACAUUGAAGUUUCAUAACGUAUUAGAGCAGGAGGUACAUGCAGCACUGUGUUACUCAAGCAUAAAUUAAAUUUGGCUAGGAUAUAAAGGUCACAUUCUUAGCAAAGAUAAUAUCAGGUUAUCCCCUUCUAUAUUUCACUACAUGAGGAAUCACUUUAUUCUCCAAUAUGUGAAAUUACUGUGUAGAUUUUAACCCUGUGAGCACUAGCACAAAUGUGUUGUUUUAAUAUAUACAGGCAUUGCCUUCAGAAAAAAUUCCAUGUUAUAAUUACUAUUCAUUAAGGUUCUGUUACAGAGUUGUGUGGUUUAUUCUUCUAGUCACUUGAAAUACUUAGAACAAAUUAGCCGACUAGGCUGAACUUCGCAUUUUUCCCAACUUUAUUAUAUUAGUCUAAGUUGUGAAAGUUUGUAAUCUGUUCAAAUCGACACAUUGUUUGGUGAAUAAAGUUAUAAAUAUUUUUUCCAGUUUUUGAAGUUGACAUGGUUCAAGAACACAACUUUAUUCUUUACACAUGUUUUGUUUUAUACAGAGCCUGGAAAUGAUGAUAACAGUGUAUUCGAUCUCUUUGAGUUAACGGGGUUUACCCGUAAGGCUGGUUCCCGAAAACCUGCCGGAGUCCAUUUAGUAAAGGGUCCUGAUACAUCAAGCCCAGCCUACAGAAUUGAAAAUGCUGAUCUGAUUCCCCCAGUUCCAGAUCAUAAAUUUCAGGAUCUGCUCGAUGCAGUCCGUGCAGAACGUGGCUUCAUUCUACUGGCUACUUUGCGCCAAGCGAAGAAGACUCGAGGAACACUUCUGUCUGUAGAAAGGAAGGAUGGGUCUGGGCAUGUUUUCAGUCUGGUAUCCAAUGGUCGUGCUGGUACUCUAGACUUGAGUCUAAGUGGUGAAGGCAAGCAACAGGUGGUUUCUGUUGAAGAUGCUCUACUGGCUACUGGCCACUGGAAGAAUAUCACUCUAUUUGUACAGGAAGACCGUGCCCAGUUGUACGUAGGAUGUGACAAGAUGGAAAACGCUGAACUAGAUGUCCCCAUUCAGAAUAUUUUCAAUGGAGAUUUGGCAAGCACUGCUAGGCUCAGGGUAGCAAAAGGAGGAGUAAAAGAUAACUUCGAGGUGAGUUACAGCAAGAUUUGUAAAAUAGCUCACGGAUGAGUACAUAGGUAUUUUUUAACAUCUUUCUUGCUAGUUGGAAUACCAAUGCAUUAUAUCUCAGUAUGGGACUCCCCUAUGGUGUUGGCACAACAUCAAAUCAAAACCUAAACCUGGAAAAUCUGUUCAAAUAAAGGCUUGGGAUCCUGUGAAGUAUUAGAGUAAAUGAAAACAUCGACACUGGGAGAUAGAUAUAUCGAAUUGAAUAGAUUAAAUGUGAACAAUAAAGUAAACAUUAACAGUAACUAAAAUUAUAUUUGAAAACUCUUUUUUGUUAUAGAAUUGACAUGCGUCAAUUAAUAUUGUUUUAUGUUUCUUACCAGGGAGUUCUUCAAAACCUACGUUUUGUGUUUGGAACCACUUUGGAUGCUAUUCUGAGAAACAAAGGAUGUUCGAGCUGUAAGUAGACGCAACAUUUUCAGCUGCUUGUAGCUACAGCCAAAGCAAUAUGUUUCUCAUGCGUCAAUGUCAGGGCAAUGUAGCACAUAUCUUGGCAACUGAGAUCUUUCAGGACCUGUUGUGCCAAAACUUUAAGCUGUAUGACUUGGGGCUCAUAACUAAGUACAGGAGCACAUGGUGACAUUGUUAAGUAACAUAAAUUAACAUGAUUUGAUGCAGGAAAUAGCUCUUUGAAUCUAGUAGUAAUUCCCUUAAAUCUACUAUCAAUAGUUAUAUGUAUGUAUUUAAAAAAUAUAUAUCUUUAUAUGUAAUAACGCUAUAAUUAUAUCCAGAUAAUCACUUUAUAGUUCGUUAGAAUGGCAAUUCCCCUAUUCUCAUAUUCCUUAAAGAAUGAGCAGUAUUUGUAAUUUGUGUUUUUGUCCUUGUGCCAUUUCAGUGACAAAUUCCGUAAUUACUUUGGACAAUCCAGUCAAUGGCUCAAGUCCAGCAAUUAGAACAAAUUACAUUGGACACAAAACAAAAGACCUACAUGCUGUGUGUGGCAUUUCAUGUGAUGAUCUGGCCAGUAUGUUUCUGGAAUUGAAAGGCCUACGGACAAUUAUCACGAAUCUCCAGGACAAUGUCCGCAAAGUGGUAAGUAAUUCUACAAGUCCUAAUGUGGACUUUUGGUUACAUAAAAAUUCCAUAGCCCUCACUUUACAAAAGAUCCGCAGAAUGUCCACUUCACACACAAUAGAGUAAUUUUAAUGAAAAGACAUACCUCUUUCCACAAAACUAUAUUAAACGUAUCUAAAAAUAUAUAUUAUUUGUCAUUGUUUUUAUUAGACUGAGGAAAAUGAGCUUAUUGCGCAAGUGGUGAAGAUCACACCUGGUAUGUGCCUUCACAAUGGGGUCAAGCACAACAACCUUGACGAAUGGACCAUUGAUGCUUGCACAGAAUGCACUUGCCAGGUAAUAUACAUAAUACAAAAAUGGUUUGUUUUCUGCAGAAUGAUAAAGUGUAACUCCCAACCUGUCUAGAGAUAUAGUUUUAGUUAAUGUUAACUCUACAGAAGUUAUUAAAAAUAUGUCAGUUAUUGUUCAUAUUGAUGUAAUGUGGGGCUUGAAUUUCCAUAUAUCUCCUCUGUAAACUCAUUACCAUACUUAUGUGUGAUUCUGGACACACAGGACUGAAGUUUGUAUACUGUCAAAUCAGAUUCUAUGAUCUUGAAAAUGAAAGCCAUAAUUAUAACUGGCUUAACAUGACUACAAGGAAAAUAGUUGUGAAAGACCUGCUGUAACUUGCACUCAGAUGUAUUUGAGCGUGAGGAGAGAUCAAAUAAACCCAUAAAAUAUGCAAUCAGCCAUGUCCCAUACGAUUCAUGUACAGCACAUUUGUUGCUGAUGUUUUGGUAUCAUUUCACAUUAAAAUAACACAAUUUUCCUUUAACAUUUUUUUUAAUCCUACUUACACAGACACACAUUUUAGCCAAAUUCCAUGAUCAGAUAAUUUUUUUUAGCUAUGCUUACAUCCCAAUAUUAUUUAUGAAGCACCAAUGUAUACCACAGUGUUGUAAUUCUUUGUGUUUGCAUGUUAAGCAAUUUCACAUUUAAUAACGUAAAUGCUGCUGUUUAUGGUUUUAUUCAGAAUUCUGCAACCAUUUGCCACAAGGUGUCCUGUCCACUGGUCCCUUGCACUAAUGCCACCAUUCCAGAUGGAGAAUGCUGCCCCAGAUGUUGGCGUAAGUACUCAUAUACAGCUGUUCAAAAUAGUAAUAUCAUAAUAGCUAUGCUAAGGACACACACCAUCAGAUUAAAGUUUAUUUUACAUGUCUGAAUAAUUAGUGGUGUGGCAGUUGGGGACCGCCGAGUCAUCAUAGGUGAUGAUUUAGUUUUACUGUGAUAGAUCAUAUAUUUAUGGUUUUUAUCUUCAAGUUAAACAUUAUAUACAUAUACAUAUAAUUUUCAACUUUAAAAUAAAAACAAAUAUAUGAUCUAUUACUGUUGCAGAAGCAUAUUUAUCUGCCUUUACUACAUACCUGCAUAAACACUUUUAAAUGGAAAGGUGUAUCUAAAGCCUCAGGCAAAACAACUCAUUUUCAAAAGAUGAAAUGAGAAAUAUGCAGAUGGUAAUCUUGUACGUACCGGACAAGUUGAUUCAAGAAAAGAUAAAAUAUGUCUCAUGAGAGUGGGACAUCUGCAAACCUGGAGACUGAUAUUGAGACCUGCUCAGUCCUGUGUGAUUCAUUUUUCUGUUGGCUUGGCAUGUUUCCGUUUUAUUUAAAAAAAUAAAAUAAAAUGUUUCAUUCUUAACAAGCAUGACUCAUUAAUAAUAAAAUCAAUUCCAUGUAAAAUAUUUAUGGCACUAUGUCUUAGCAUUAAUUGUAAUAAACUUAUUUUGUAAUGAGUCAUUUGCAUGUUAUAUUAAGAAACUGCAAAUUUGAUAUGGUAUGAUCUUUGAUGUUAUUUUAAUUUUGUAUUUCUAGCAAGUGAUUCCGCUGAUGAUGGUUGGUCUCCAUGGUCUGACUGGACAGCUUGUUCUGUGACUUGUGGGCAUGGUGUCCAACAGAGAGGUCGUUCCUGUGACAGUCUUAAUAACCGCUGUGAAGGUUCCUCUGUUCAGACCAGGUCAUGUCAUAUCCAAGAAUGUGAUAAGAGAUGUGAGUAUGACAUAGCUACCUAAACAUUCCAAAGUAAAAAUUUUAAAAUGUACCAGACAAUUGUAAUGAUAUACAAAUAUAUGUAUUCAUUUUCUAGUCAAGCAAGAUGGUGGAUGGAGCCACUGGUCUCCUUGGUCUUCUUGUUCCGUGACCUGUGGAAAUGGUCAGAUCACCAGAAUCCGUCUUUGUAACUCACCUGUUCCUCAACUGAAUGGAAAACCAUGUGAAGGAGAAGGAAGAGAAAACAAGCCAUGCCAGAAAGACCCAUGCCCCAGUAUGUCUUUUCACUACUUUGUAAUAUUUUUGUGAACAUUUCUGUAGCUUUGUAUUAGUAUAUCUGCACUCUCUGUUCAAUAGCCUGGAUAAAAACUCAAAUAAGAGUUUUAAGAGAUUAAUUAAAAAAUAUGUAUUAUGUCAACAUUCCAGCUAUUGCUGGACUUUUAGAAUGAAGCCCUGCUAAAGGUCAUUAGGUGGGCACCACAGUGCCCUCAUAUCUUCUUUUUUGUUGAUGACAUGAAUGACUCACUAUUUUAAAUAAAUUUCGACUUUAAAAGCUACUGGUAAAUUAAUGAAUUUGGUUGUUGCUUCAUUCAACUUUUGAUUAAUGGACAUGUUUAAUACUUGUUUUCAGUUAAUGGCCAGUGGGGACCAUAUUCACCAUGGGACACAUGCAGUGUGACUUGUGGUGGAGGUGUUCAAAAACGUCAACGUCUUUGUAACAACCCUGAGCCUCAGUAUGGUGGUAAAGAAUGUCUUGGAGAACCUGAUGAUAGUCGGAUAUGCAACAAGCAGGACUGCCCAAUAGGUAAGCUAGUGGUACCCUACUUAUUUUAGAUAGGUUUCCCUUGUCAAUAUCUGUUUUUGAGCCACCUCACACUAACCUGCUUUUUUUCCUUAGAUGGUUGUCUCUCCAAUCCAUGCUUUGCUGGAGUUAAAUGUACAAGCUUCCCUGACGGGUCAUGGAAGUGUGGUGCUUGUCCUACAGGAUACAGAGGAAAUGGAGUUAAUUGCAAAGAUGUAGAUGAGGUAAAUAUUAUUUUUAAAAAUGGGACUUGUCAUGGUUUCUCGGAACUAUAGCAAUGUCUUGAAUCCUUGACCGAUAUCUUCUUAUGGGGUUUUCUGUUGCUGUAUACUUUAAAAUUUAUGGAACUAAAUUAGGAGUGACUCACCUUGACCUUCCAUCUGUUGCUGUAGAACAGUUGUAUUAUAACUACAAUGAUAAUGCCAUGUUCUAAACAAGAUAUCAGUACGAUAUUAAACGAUAAUUUUAGUCUGUCUCCACUUAUUGCCAAAGUUUUUAUUUAUUUUUUUAAAUCACCGACUCCAUUCGUUGAUGUUUUUUUCCUCAUAAAUAAUCAUUAUUUCAUAUUUUCUCUUAGUGCAAAGAGGUACCUGAUGCCUGCUUUACUCUUAAUGGAGUACACAGAUGUGAAAACACAGAGCCAGGUUACAACUGUCUACCCUGCCCACCACGUUAUGCAGGGACACAACCUUUUGGAAAAAGUGUUGAGGAUGCUACAGCAAACAAACAGGUAUGACCCAUUUUUCAGACAAUACAGAGAUAAUAUUCAAUUGGUCUCAUGAUAUUCUCUGUUGGUUGAUUGCUCAUUUUUGCCUGUUGUUACUGUAUAUUCCAAAAAGUCUUUUAGUAACUAAACAAUAAAUGGAAUUUAAUGAUGAUAAGAUAGAUUUAACUCAGAUAUGGGAAUCUUUGAUUAACCAUAUGUUAUAAUGACACUUAUCCUAUGUUGGUUUUUUUUUUUCCCUGAAUUUUGUAGGUUUGCAAACCACGUAACCCUUGCACUGAUGGAACCCAUAACUGCAACAAGAAUGCAAGAUGUAUAUACCUCGGUCAUUAUACUGAUCCCAUGUUCCGAUGUGAAUGCAAACCAGGAUAUGCUGGCAAUGGCAUCAUCUGUGGAGAAGAUACAGAUUUAGAUGGAUGGCCAAAUGAAAACCUUAUAUGUGUUGAUAAUGCUACUUAUCAUUGCAAGAAGGUAAGUGGUUUAGUGAAGGUUUAUACCAUUUUUAUGUUAUCUUUAAACUAGUAUCAAAAUGCCCCACAGAUUACUUUUAGUACCUGUUUAAAAGUGAAUAUUAACAUUAUAAACUAUACAAUAUAUUACAUAGCGAUAUGACACAAUAUGACUCCAUAUUCCAUCAUUAGUUUAAACAAAACUAUUUUUCACAACCUAAUUUUAGGUGGGAAGCCAUAAAUCAUGUAUCACACAGAAAAUUUAGUAAAUGGAUUUUGAUUUGUAGCAUUCAAUUUUAUGGACAGGUUCAGUGACCAGUAGUAUAGCCUUAGUUUCCAUUUACUUAUUUCAGAAACCAAGACUAACUUUUUCCCCCCCCUUUAUAGGACAACUGCCCCAACCUUCCCAACUCAGGACAAGAAGAUUAUGAUAAAGACGGAAUUGGAGAUGCUUGCGAUAGUGAUGAUGAUAACGAUGGAAUCCCGGACGAUAGGGUAAGAAUGCAAAAUACAUAUUAAUUUAUUGGUCAGGUUACUUUCCUUGCCUACCGCACAGUCAAACAUCCCAGCUGGAAAGUAAACACUGCUUCUUCUUCCUCCUCCAUAAAAAUAACAUGUCAUUGUGAAAUUUGUCUAGUAAAUUGCGAAAUUUCUUGGCUAUGUUUUACUAUGAAGUGUUUUGCUAAGACUGGACUUUGAAAGUGAAAUUGACCGUUGGCUUCCUGAGCAAAGUUAGCUACCAGCAGAGUAACAGAAGUUGAAGCACACAGAUGUUAUGCUCCCUAUCCUCAAUUCGCAGAUUCCAACAUCUAUGUGUCACUUUUCAGUUGGACCGACUAGCAUUCAGUGGUCUCAGCUUGAGCUAAAAAUAUCACAUUCUAGAAUUUAACUGUCCAUGGUUUCUUCAUUAUGGAGAUUCAUGCUGUUUUCAGCCAGUAUAAAAUAGCCUCAAGGGAAAUAAGUACAUUCUAAAAAUGUGAUUAUCUAGGGAUAAAAUCUAUAACAUUUUGAUUGAUAAAUUAGCGAGUUUACUUUUACUAUUUCUACAUCCUUUAUGGGUAACCAAGGUUACCCAUAAAGGAUGUAGAAAUAGUAAAAGUAAAUUUGCUAAUUUAUCCUAUUUAUAACCGACCUGAAUGGUACCCUCUCUAGGAAUGGAUUUUUAAUAGCAGAUAAACAAGGCAUAACUGUAUCUGUACAUCAUAUAAUUGGUUGUACUAUUGACAAGCAGGGUAAAAAUAGGAAUUUUGGAUAAGACUUGCAAAAGAGAUUUAAUGACAGAAAAGGUCCUGUGAGGUGUAUUUCCAGAACACGAUAACUAGCUAGACAUCGGACUGCUUAAGUUAUUAACAAUUUUGUUUUCUUUUUUCCCAGGACAAUUGCCCUUUCAUUUACAACCCGGCUCAGUACGACUAUGAUCGCGAUGAUGUGGGAGAUCGCUGUGAUAACUGCCCUUAUAAUCACAACCCAGAUCAGGCUGACACAGACAAUAACGGGGAAGGAGAUGCCUGUGCAGUGGAUAUUGAUGGAGAUGGUUAGUGUUAUUUUUUAAAUUCGAUAGUCUCUGAUUAAAUGUUACCUAAAGUUUAAUGGCCUUCCAGCAGUCAAACAUUGUCUACAUCCAAUGUACUUGUUUGUAUUUAUAACACUGAGAACAUGUUUGUUUAGAGAGAAUAAAAAUUUCCUAGAGUUUUUUUAUAAUUUAUAUUAUGCCUAGUUACAUAUGGUAACAGCACAUGUCAUAUCUUCUAUCUCACCACAGGUAUCCUCAAUGAAAGAGACAAUUGCCCCUAUGUAUACAAUGUAGAUCAGAAGGACACAGAUAUGGAUGGUGUCGGUGAUCAAUGUGACAACUGUCCAUUGGAACACAAUCCAGAACAGGUAUAUUUACUUAACUUGAACUUCAUAUUUAAUGUGCCUUACAGCACAGCAUUGUUCUUCAGCUUUCUGAUGAUAGGGUUAAACUGGAAUGAUAUACCAAGGUAUUGAAACUUCUCUGCCAGGCUUAUUAAACCUUAACGUGAAAUUUUCUAACUCAACAAAUAAGUAACUUAUUAGCAACUAUUUUCUAGGACAGAGAAAAAAAAACUGGUCUCCCUCUAAGAAAUUCAAAAUGUUUAUAAAGAUCAGAUCGCAUUAUACAGAAUUUUGACUCAUAGGUACUUUUAACACAAAAACGUUUAAUGAUUAAACGUCUCUGCAGAUAAUAAAAGAGUUAUAAUAAAAAUAUAUUAAUAACCUGUAUAGAAAUAGCUAAAAAGGCUACACUUGCUUUAACCAGUUUGUUUGAGAGCAUGCUGCCAGACAAAUUUGUUAACGGUUCCAGAGUCUGUCCUGCUUUGCCAGGACUAAGAAAGGAACAUGUUAUUCUGGCAACCAAUAGAAUGAUAAUUUAGAUUAACCAGUCUGUGCCAUUCCGCAUGUCACGGAUUAACUACUUUUGUAAAACUUAUCACAUUAAUCUUACAGUAUUGUUCUGUUUUAAGCUGAACACAAGCAAAAAUUCCCUAGCAUUUACACAGAUUUUUGUCAUGAGAAAAAUAAAUGGGUUCUCACAUAAUUAUCUUUAGGAAGUACUUUUUGUACCAGAAUUAAUGCCACAUAAUAGGAGACUUAUAUGAGGUUACUCCCUGGCACACUGGCCUUGAUUACAUUGAAAAUACCGCUUUGAACUUAGUAUUUUCUCAUAAAGUGUUAAGUGGAGCUUUGAGGAUUAAAAUAUUUUUGAAAGAUAUACAAAGUUUAGAUGUCCGUCCACUCCUGUUUUUUAUGUUCUCGAUAAUAACCUUCUGUAACAAAAUGAUAUCUUCCAGAGUCAAGUUCAGCUUGAUCGCUAAGACACUAAUUACAUUUCCGAUAAAAGCUGCAACUUCUGCCAGUUUGCUUACUGCUCUGAGAUGUGUUUCUGUUAGAGUAGGAGUGUGAGUUCAUAAGUGGAAGUAGCUGAAGUGUAGAAAACACAUUGCAUUAACAUACACGCUCUGUUAUUAAAACGAUGCAAAACAACUUCGGACCAACCUCAUUUGGUCAGAACUUAACCACUCAUUAAGUGGCCAAGAUGUUACACGUCAGUUUUCACAAAGCACUCAUCAUAUUGUUUUCUUAAAGCCUUGUUCUUUUAUACACAUUUUCAUCAUGGCUUUCUUCCACUUCCAGACUGACUCAGAUUCAGAUCUUAUUGGAGAUAAAUGUGACAGCAACCAGGACAUUGAUGAAGAUGGACACCAGAAUAACCUGGACAACUGCCCAUACAUCCCCAAUGCUAACCAGGCAGACCACGACAAGGAUGGCAAGGGUGAUGCCUGUGAUCAUGAUGAUGACAAUGAUGGAAUUCCUGAUGAUAAAGAUAACUGCAGACUUGUCUACAACCCUGACCAGAUCGAUAGUAACGGUGAGAGUCAUUUCAUAACACACAGCUUAAUGAUCUACAUUAUCAGUUUUCUGGCUUCAUAAGAAAAUAAAAAUUACCAACAGAUUUUUAGGAAAUAUUGUCUGUAGUUUUCCAUUUGGGUUUCACUUUAAAGGAGAUUGUGGAACAAAUUGAUAAAAUUAGAACUUUAGCAUAUUCAUAAAUAGAAUAUUCACAAAUAAGUCAUACUUUUCCUAUUAGAUAUAAUAAUUAACUAAUCCUUUCAAUGUUUGAAAUAUUUGCAUGUGUGAUGGCUUUAAAUUGUAUACUGAUUAAUAAUAAUUUAUUUUCUUAAUCAGGUGAUGGACGUGGAGAUGUUUGCCAGUUUGACUUUGAUGAUGAUAAGAUUCCUGACUCUGAAGAUGUUUGCCCUGAAAAUGUCGACAUUAGCACAACAGAUUUCCGUAAAUUCCAGAUGGUGCCUUUGGAUCCUAAAGGGACUUCACAAAUUGAUCCCAACUGGGUGGUCAGACAUCAAGGCAAAGAACUGGUACAGACUGUCAACUGUGAUCCUGGGCUUGCUGUUGGUAAGUAGUAGUAGUAGUAUUCAAAUCCAAAACAAGAACUAUUAAGUGCUUGAUUAGCACAUUCAAUAUUCCAUGUUUCACUAUGAUUUUAUAAUUAUAUUGUUUUGCAUACACAAACAUUGAGAUCUCCCUGGAGUAUGCAAGGGGUUUUUCAUUAAACUAGUCAAGGUUUUUACAAAAGUCUUUAAACUAUAUAUUUUUUUAACAAGGAAAUAAAUUCCUAUGGAUCACUAGCGUGUCAUUGCAUAACUUUGUGUAACAUCAAGGUACUGUGAUUGAUUUGGACUACAUAAUAUUUUCUCUUUUGUGCUUUCUAGGUUUCGAUGAAUUUAGUGCCGUUGACUUUAGUGGAACAUUUUUCAUCAACACCGAGAGGGACGAUGAUUAUGCUGGGUUUGUGUUUGGCUAUCAGUCAAGCAGCCGCUUUUAUGUGGUUAUGUGGAAGCAAAUAACCCAGACGUAUUGGGAUACAACACCUACUAAAGCUCAGGGAUAUUCAGGCCUCUCUAUCAAGGUUGUGAAUUCCACCACUGGACCAGGCGAACACCUUCGUAAUGCUCUUUGGCACACUGGAAAUACUGCAGGACAAGUAAGUCUCCAUGAAAAAGCAAAACACAUUAAAACAUUAAAACUUCUUACUAGUUAAUGGUUUCUGAAUAGAACUGGGGGAAGUGCAAGUCAAUAUAUAUAUAUAUACACACACAAUAAUAAUAGCAAUGCCUCUUUGUAUUUUGAGGUGACUUUUUGGAAAUGCUAAGUUUUUGUUACUGUACAUACUGCUAGCACUUAAAGGGUUGAACUGACAUGUAAUACUGCAAUUACUCUAGCUACUGUAUCUAAUACAAAUAUAUUUAUUAGGUCCGUACUUUGUGGCACGACCCUCGUCAAACAGGAUGGAAAGACUUUACAGCUUACAGAUGGCAUUUGACCCACAGACCCAAGACUGGUUUUAUUCGGUAAGACAUAAAAACUUUUGUGAUUACUGCUUUAUAUGAGCAGUAACAAUGUACAUUCUAAAUAGCACAAUAUCUCACUCAUGAUAGCAGAAAACUAUUCUUCAAACUGUGUGACCACGUUAUUCGUUGUAUAACUAAAUAAAUUUUUAACCAAAAGAACAUUUUAGAAUUAUGUAUUGUGUGAUUGAUAGAAAAAAAAAAAACAUGAAGCAAAAUCUAGUUAGUAAGUUGUUUUUUUUUUUUUUAACAAAGUCUGUUUUGUUCUAUGAAGGUGUCAGUCAGAAUCAGUAAGGUUUUGAUUCAUAUGUUUGCUAGCAAUUUCUUAAUUGGUUUUUUCCCACAUAAAAUGUGUGUUUAAACAAAUUUGAAGUCAGGAAUCUUAUUGUUCAUAUAUAUAAAUAAAGAAUUUGAUUUUAAUGUCUGUAAUUUUUUCAGGGUGGUGAUGCACGAAGGCAAGAAAGUUAUGGCCGACUCAGGUCCAAUCUAUGAUAAAACAUAUGCUGGAGGAAGAUUAGGCUUAUUUGUCUUCUCACAAGAGAUGGUAUUUUUCUCCGAUCUAAAAUAUGAAUGUAGAGGUGAGUCAAAAAGGAAAAAAAAGUACCUAGAAAUAUCAAAAUAAACAUGUAUAAAAUUCAUGAACCUGUACCAUAAAAAUUUAUAGUCUGCCAUCAUGAGAACAUUCCACAAGAAUAAUGUUCCCUUUGAUAAUUUCAAGUUAGCCAUUACCAUUUUAUGUCAUAUAGCCCCAGACAUGGUCCAUAGAUAUAUAAUGAUGUAAUCCCCAUAUAAAUGAUCAAUGAUGUUGGCACUACUUAAAAACUAAAGUGCUUUUAAGUAAAAUCCCUUGAAUUAUAGAUAAAACAUCCUCAAUAUGAUGAAAGAUCGAAUUGAUGCAUCUACAAGAAACAAUGUUUUUAUUUUUCUAAUAAAAUCUUUUUAUUUUUUUUUUCAGACUCCUAAAUCUGGACGUUAUUCAUUCAAUGAAUGUUAAGAAAACUUCUCAGCACCUUCGGAAAUGUUAGAUAUUUACUAUCAUUCAAACCAUUUCUACAAUCUUUUUUAUUUUAUUUUUUUAUGAUAAAAUAUUUUGUUAUGGUUUUGGAAGAUAACAAUUGAUUGAUUUCUAAAACUUGCAAUGCACAUUAGAACAAUGAACUAAAUUGGACUUUUUUUCUUAAUGAGUAUUUUUGGGGUCGAUAGCUGGGCUGGCCAGAUGCAGUACAGCCCAAAAGUCUUUCUCCACCUAGUGCCUGGCAGAGCUUUUAUGCAAGAACUGCAGAAAGAAAGAAAAAAACAUAUAUACAUAUAUAAUAGGUAUACAAAAGCAAUACCUUUUUUAUAAAAUACAUUUUUAUAAAGACUUCUUUGGAACUUUUUCAUAGGCUUAUGUUCCAUGUGGACAUUAAAUAAUCCAACAAUUCGUGUUCUCAAAGAAUUGUCAUGAUGUUUAUUUUUAUUUUUACUUUUAUUUUUUUAUGUUUUUGGAAUGGCUGCUCUUUUGCUAAAGAGAAAAGAUGCAAUAUUUUAGAAACAAAUUUGCUUUCACAGAAAAACCUUUUGCUGUUUGAAAAAAAAAAAACAUGGAAUCAUCAGCGUAGGAUAUGUCGUCUGCAUAUGUAGCUAGAACGGUCUCAGAGCUGAUGUAUGUGAGAGUUGAACCCAGUUGUGUAUAAAUGUUCUAGAUAUCACUGCCUAAAUUAACGUGUUUGGAUGUAGCAUAUGUGUGUGUAAGUGUUCGUUUGCAUGUGCGUACGUACGAGAGACUGUUUCGAAUAAACUGUAUAUUUAAUUGAGUUAGUAGUGAUGCACUUGUUCCUGCUUUUGUCAAAAAAAUGUUUGCUCAACAUAACGGACCAGUAGGUUCAACACAGUUAUUGGUACUUGUAUGGACAUUGAAAUGGUUACAAAGGGACAUAAAUAUAGAUGGCAGACAAUAUAGCAAGCCGGUGACAAAAAACUGUUACAGGAAAACAUCCAGAACAUAAUGUACAUGUAUUUAUUUUUGACUGUACAAAACACAGAGUAAAUCUUGAUCAUUCGUCUGUGUGGUUAGUAAAGUUGUAUUUACAAGGGUCCAUAAUUCAGGCUACGCUAUAGAUCUGUGUUUUCGGAAGGCGAGACAGCUAUGUUGAUCUUUGAAAAGAACCGGAGGGAGACCAAGGCAAGAGGGGUGGAGAGCCAAGAAAUGGCAGUCUGCCUUUGCUAAACAUUUAAAUGUAAACCAUAUGUGCCUCUAUAGUCAUAUAACAACCUAAUUACAUUUCAGCAGGUAAACAGUUCCUUUCUGCAAAGAUAUUUACAAAAGAAAAAAGCAAAAGUUUAAACUUCACAUACAAAUAUUACCUCAUUGUGCGACUGAGCAAUAGAAAUGUCUGUGUUUCAAGAGGAAAGAAAAAAAAUUGGAUAAAUAUUUAACUUGCAUUUAAAAAUCUACUGUAGUGUUAUUCAGUUUUGUAAAUAGUUAUAAUGACUGUUUAUCCCCAGGAAAGUAUUUUAAACAUGUUUUUUUUUUUUUUUUUAAAUAAAGGAUAUUGUAAUAUUUUUUUUCUAUAUUUUAGUAUUUUUGUUGCUUUUUUUGUAUAAAUGAUUUUGUUUGUAUUACAGUUUAGUGUAUUGGAUAUUUUUGUAGAUAUGCUAUUUAAAUAAUUUAUCAAGGAAAGCUUUGUGCAGAGACUUUGCUCCUGUUUGUAUAAACUGUUUUGCACUUGAAAGAGCUUUGCAAUACCUGCCCCAGAUUUUUUUUUUUUAUAACUGUGUAUAACUUUUUGUUAAAGAAAGAGAGAAAACAAUGUCUUUUAUACACAUUUUAUGUGUUAGUGUUACCGGUCUUUUUUAAUAAUAAUAAUAAAAAAUCCUUGUAAAUUGUACAGCGAAAAGUGGUUUCAUGUAAAAUAUGAAAUAAACCAUAAAAUUUUAUUGUA